UGAGCCUACUCUACUGCUGCUGCUGCUGCUCUACUCCACGGGUGGUAGUGACACGCAAAAGAUUCUGCUGCUCGCUCCCUCGUCUCCCGGAGUCCUGGGGUCCCGCAUCCGUUCGCCGCGCGUGCGCCCGUCGGUCGUCGCCGCCGCCUCUCUUCCUCCCUGUCCCCUGCUAUUUAUUGCCGCUGCCUCCAAAUGUCUUCACGUCUAGUCUCCUAGGAGUAGGAGGUGAGAGUACUAGGAGUGCACUGCACUGCGGGACGAAGCCGAGGCCGGCAAGGUUUAACCGCGCGCGGCCGAACGUUCGCUGCUGCUGCACGAUCUGAGGAUGCGCGAUCGUCCAGCCGUUCAGAUACAAAGUCUGCUACUCAUGUGAGCAUAAAUGGUCAAUGGCGCAAUUCAAGUCCUUCAGCGGGUUCGAAAGUAGAGCGAUAAAAUUGACCAGACAAAUCAACUCUCCAACUAAACCCAGCCGGGCUGGGGUAACACAGAAGAGUAAAAUGGCAUCGCCGUCGAAGGCACCAAAUGAGAACAUUGUGGUAGACGAAGCAAAAGUUUCAUUGUCUGGUGCUAAGCUAACUAACACCGGGCCUCGUCAGCAUUCCUAUAGAGAAAGCAAUGUGUCGAGAAAAUGUGUGCUGUCCGAAGACAUUGAAGGUGCUACUGAAUUGAAGAGAUUGCCAACUCCAAUCAACCUAUUUGAAGAUGAAUGUGUUUAUUGCCACUCAUUUAGAACAAGUCCGUUUCAUGGUCCCAUGGUACGUUACCUAAAGGGAAGACUUGUGCCCAUUGACGAGGGCAACCCAUCAAAUGGCAUCUAUGUCCAUAGGACAUGCCUGGAGUGGGCUCCUAGAGUAUGGUUUAAGGGUGAUAUUGUUAUGAACUUGGAGAUAGAAAUCAGUCGUUCUUCAAGAUUGAGAUGCAGCAGAUGUGGUCUCCUGGGAGCGGCCCUUGGUUGUUAUUACAAGCGUUGCAAUAAGAGUUUUCAUGUUCCAUGUGCAGUUCAGAUAUUUGAUUGCCGCUGGGAUGCUGAUAAUGGUUUUGUGUUGUGCCCUGAACAUGUGUCAAAGAUGCUACCAUGUGAUGAGAUGAGCUCACAAACGAAGGAGAAAGACAAUUCUUCUUCCUUGCCUCGAAGCCAAUGUUCACACAAAGAAGAAUCUUUCACCAUUUUCAAUGGGGAAUGCCAACAAAUUGAUCAGCUUAACACCACAAGUCCUUUCUUGCCUUUGGGCCAAUAUUCAGACAAGGAAGGAAUUUUUUAUGAUCAUCAAAGGGAAAAACAACAAACAAAUCAGCUUAAAACAUCAAGUUCUUCCUCGUUGCCUCAGAGCCAAUGUUCGCACAAAGAAGAAGCUUCCACUAAUAGCUCAAGGGAAGGCCAACAAAUAGAUCAGCUUAACACCUCAAGUUCUUCUUCCUUGCUACUGGACCAACAAUCAGACAAAGAAGGAAUUUCUAACUAUCGUGUGGAUUAUCGACAAAAAGAUCAGCUUGAUACAUCGAAUUAUUCCUCCUUGCCACAGAGCUGUCAUCCAGACGAAGAAGGAAUUUCCAACGCUUGCCAAGCGGAAGAAACAAAAUCAGAUCAGCUUGACACACCAAGCUGCCCUUCUGAUCAGUGGGUUUUACUUGGUUCAUCUUUAAGUGCAUCAGAAAAGGAUUCCUUGCAGAAAUUUGGGAGUUGGACCGAUGCCACGGUGACCAAAGAGUGGGCCAAAAAUGUGACUCAUGUCAUCGUGGGCAAAAAUGCUGGUAGCAAAUGGAGUAGAUCGUAUGAAGUCCUCAUGGCAAUACUGUCCGGGAAAUGGGUUGUCCAAGCUGAAUGGAUUGUGGAUUGCUUGGAGCUGCGCCCAGGUCCAGAAGCUUCUUAUGAGGUAACAUUCAGCAAUGAUUCACACAGAUCAUUUGAUGGGCCAAAGAAAGGAAGAAUUCGAGCGGCUGAAGGGGCACCGAAACUGUUUUCGGGAAGGAGUUUCUGCCUCAGCGCCCACAUGAGCCCUGACGACAGAGACCACUUGCGAGACCUCAUAGCGGCCGCCGAAGGGCGGAUACUGGAGGGAAGCAGCAACCAGCUGCAUUUGCUACGUGAGAGUUCUUUGGUGAAGCCGUACUUCGUCUACGACGGCGGCGCUCCGACGGAGUUCACCUCGAGCUCGCUGCUUGACCUCAAGGAGGGGGUGGAGCACGCGGCGGCCGGGGCGCAGGUGAUCAGCCACCGCAGGGUGCUGGACGCCAUCGCGGCGUAUGAUGCGGAGGUCCUGAAUCAGAAGGGCUGGCUUCACUCUGCAGGCUUCGUAUCCGUUGUUUCUGUCAGGAAUGAGUGAAAAGCUUCUGGCAGUUCUUUACAGCCCUUGUUCCGUUGUCAGGCAACGUUAGGUCUUUUUGGUCA